AUGGCAUCGGGACCAAGCUCAAAAGGUAAAAGAAGUGUAGGCGCCAGCCCUAGCCUUCAUCGUGGCAAUGCUCCACCUCGUCUCGAAAUCCCGUCCAUCACCCCUUCUUCUUCAGCACCUUCAUCUCAAUCUCCGUCUCAGACUUUAAAUGGUCAGAUGUUAACAAACGAGCUUAAGACUGCAAUUAGUGCAAGUGGAAGGAUAACUCCACAACCAAUUGAAAACGACUCAAGUGGAUUCCCGAGAGAAGAAUCAGCCAAUUUUCCAUUAGAAGGUGAAAAAAUCAAUGCCGCAAAUUUGCAAGAAUUAGAAAAGCUAGGUGAAGGAGCUGGAGGUAUAGUGACUAAAGUAUAUGAUACAGUUAACAAAGUUGUAAUGGCCAAAAAGAAAAUCAACGUUGAUCCUUCUAUGCUUAAACAACUUGUUCGUGAAGUUGAUUUUAUUCAAAAAUGCCAUUCACCAAAUAUCGUUACUUAUUAUGGAGCUGAUUUGGAAGAUAGUGAUUCUUCAAUUUCUAUCUUUAUGGAAUAUUGUGAGGGUGGAAGUUUAGAUAAAAUUUAUAAACAUGUUAAACAAAGGCAAGGAAGAAUUGGUGAACCAAUCUUGGGAAAGAUUGGAGAAGCGGUGUUGAAAGGAUUGGUUUAUCUCUACGAACAACAUAUUAUUCAUAGGGAUAUAAAACCAUCUAAUAUUUUGGUAACAAAACAUGGUGAAAUAAAAAUUUGCGAUUUUGGAGUAUCAGGUCAAAUAUCAACAGAUUUACCUGCUGUCACUUUUUUGGGUACUAGUUAUUACAUGGCCCCUGAACGUAUUCAAGGUCAAAAAUAUAAAGUAUCAGCUGACGUAUGGUCUUUAGGAUUAACGAUAAUGGAGGUAGCACAAAAUGAAUUUCCAUUUCCAUAUUCUCCUACCGUUGCUCCGAUUGAAUUAGUUUCACAUAUAGUCAAUCAACCAGCACCUGUGUUAAAAGAUGAUCAUGAAUGGAGUGCUGAGCUUAAAGAUUUCUUGAGAGUUUGUCUGGAAAAAGAUGGUGAGAAAAGACCAACUCCAAGACAAAUGCUUGAUCAUCCAUUUAUUCAAAGAUCAGCAAAGAGAGAAGUUCCCUUACGUCGAUGGAUUAAAGAACGCACUCCUGAAUGA